UUUUAUUUAUUCAAUCUCAUCCACAACUGGGUCUCUCCUCCCUGUCUAUAAGCUGUCCAAUUUUCACGCACUCUCUCCUCUCAGUGAUCCACGAAAGAUACAAUAGAACCUGGGUUUGAUGGGCCUCAACUUUUCACCUCUUCUUCUUCUUCUUCUUCUCCUCCUCCAUCAAUGGCCAUAUCUUUCUUCAUCUCUGCACCUAUAAACAACAAUGUUCAUCCUCUGCUUCUUCUGAUUCUCCGCAAAUUACCCUUUACAGCUUUUCACCUUCUCCUUAUUCUCCUCCAUUCCCUCUUAUAGCCCCUUCCCUCUUCUUACCGCUAUUUUUCUCUGCUUUUAAAAAACGAAAAAGAAUUUCAUCAAUGGCAUCUGUGUUUCUUUAUCAUGUGGUGGGAGAUCUGACGGUGGGGAAGCCAGAGAUGGUGGAAUUCUACGAGACAGAGACGGUAGAAUCUGCGAUUCGGGCGAUUGGAGAGUCGACAGAGUGUGGGAUUCCAGUUUGGAAGAGGAAAACUCAUGUGAGCAUGAUUGAGACCAGUGAAAUGAGACAACAAAGGUUUGUUGGUAUCCUUAAUUCUCUUGAUAUUGUGGCUUUUUUGGCUUCAACUGAGUGCUUGGAGGACCAGGAUAAGGCCAUCAAGACUUCGGUCUCACAGGUUGUUGCUCCUAACGCUUCACUUCUCAAACAAGUUGAUCCUGCUACAAGAUUGAUAGAUGCUUUGGAAAUGAUGAAGCAAGGUGUAAGGCGCCUUCUUGUUCCAAAAAGCAUGGUAUGGAAAGGUAUGAGCAAGCGAUUCUCUUUUCUCUACAAUGGUAAGUGGCUCAAGAAUGCUGAAGCAUCCAACAACAGCAGCAAUAAUAACCUCACCAUAAACACCAAUCGUCCUUCCUCAUCUUCUGGCACUUCCAACCGCAACAAAUUUUGCUGUCUCUCUAGAGAAGAUGUCAUCCGUUUUCUCAUUGGAUGCCUUGGCGCUCUAGCUCCACUACCUCUUUCAUCCAUUUCCUCCCUUGGAGUCAUUAACCCAAACUACACCUCAGUAGAAGCCUCUCUCCCUGCUUUUGAAGCUACAAGAAAGCUACCUGGAGAUCCCAGUGAAGUAGCUGUUGUGGAGCUCAUUCCAGAUGGCCAGUGUAAGAUCAUAGGGGAAAUAUCAGCCUCCAGAUUGUGGAAAUGUGAUUACCUGGCUGCAGCAUGGGCUUUAGCCAAUCUCUCAGGUGGGCAGUUUGUAAUGGGGGUUGAGGAUAAUGAAGCAGCAAGAUCGCUCCUGGAUUUUGCAGUCAAUUCAGCAGUUGGUGAUGAGAGUACAGCUAAUGGGAUUGGUUCUACGAGGCUGAGGGAAUUCAGUAGUAGGAGCAUCGGGUUCAAUCCAGGGAGCUCAAUCAGAAUGGGCAGGAGCAUGUAUAGGGGUCGAAGUGCACCCCUGACAUGUAAAAUUACAAGCUCAUUGGCCGCGGUGAUGGCUCAGAUGCUGUCUCACAGGGCAACCCAUGUAUGGGUGAUUGAGGAUGAUAGUGAUGACAUUUUAGUUGGGGUGGUAGGUUACGCUGACAUCUUAGCUGCAGUAACGAAACAACCUGCAUCUGUUACUCUUACUCCUGUGAAUCGACCUGAGGGGGGUUUCGCAACUGAAUUUCAAAAUUGAUUUGUUCUUAAAGAAAUUAUUAUUUGUAUUAUACACACACACACGUGCGCGCGCGUGUGAAGACAUCGCUAUUCAACAAUUAAUACAUUGUACUAGAGAUAUAAGCUUGUGGGAAUUUAUAGGUUUGUUGAUGAGUUGUAUAGACUAAAUAUUUAAAAAAAUCUGUAUAAACUAAAUUUUAUAAUUAAUGUACGAAGAUUGAUUAUUUAUAAAA